AUGGAGAAGAAAAGUCAGAAUUCCCGUCUGACACGCCUUGGCGCGUCGCGCCUGCCAAAGCCCCUCAGGAUAGGCUCUGUCCGACAAGCUCUGGCACGCCGUGCUAGCCAUAGCCCCUCAGGACAGCCUCUAAAAAAAAACUUUUUUAUUAAAUCUGUUUGGGUUCUUAGCAAAGGUUACUGCGGUCGUCUUAUAGAGGUUCCUGACUUUGACUAUUUGAUUUGGCUUAGCAUUGAACAACAUUUUCAUCAGAGAGGUUACUGUCGUCAUCUUAGAGAGGUUUCUAGACCAUACAAGCCACCAGAAUUUGAAAUUAUGUUUGGAGAAAGAGUGAGCAAACUGGCUGAGACUGGGACCAGAGAAAGCAUUGCAAUAUUUUGAGAGAAAAUCCUCUUCUCUGAAAAAAUAGAAAACGGAUGAUAUUAUUUCAAUAUGGACAUCUAUAUGGACAUCUGAGUCCUACUACUUCUGGGAUGGUUCCACAACCCAGCUAACAUAUGGUGAUAUUACUUCAAUAUUGACAAAUGUGAUAGGAGGUGUGAAGAAAGAAAGAGUUUACGGGCUUGGAGUACAACCUUUGUCAUGUAAUCCAUCAUCGUUGUUGUUUGGUGUCUACUUCUCAAACUUUAACAGAAAUGGAAGUAAUGCGAAUAGAGAUUUCAAAGCUAAUAGAAUGACUUCAAAGAUCUAAAGCUAAUUAUGCUAAAGUGCAAAAGUUCAAGGAGAAACAUAUGGCUCGGAUGGCGAUGAAGAGACCGAAGCUGAUAAAGUUUAGAUUAUGUUCUGGUUGUUUAGACAUUUGCUAGACAUUUUAGACUUGUUUGAAACUAUUUACUUCCAUUUCGAACAAAAAUUUAUACUUAUUAGACUUGAUUUUGAUGGAGCUUGAACUUUCAGAUUAAAGUGGAAUUUGAAUGUUUAGGAAUGUGUUAGAUAUUUGGUUUUA